UACAACUACAAUUUCGCAUAAAUACGGAUAAUUUCCACCGGACAGUCAUCAGUCUCUCGUACGGACAGCUAUCCAUAUACACACACAGCUGUCGGUGGUUCGAGUGCAACAACAAACGAAAAUGGCCGCCAAGUUGAUCCUGCUAGCCGUUUGCGUGGCUUCUGCUCUGUCCGAGUACUACGGACCGCCGCAGGACUACUGGCCAGAGCCCGAACACCACGGCCCGAAACCGUACCACUUCGACUACAGCGUACACGACCUGCACACCCACGACAUCAAAAGCCAAUACGAACACAGCGACGGGCACGGCAACGUCAAAGGCUCGUACAGCUUGGUCGAACCGGACGGCACCAAGAGGAUCGUCGAGUACACGGCCGACCACAGCGGUUUCCACGCCAAAGUCAAGAAGGAAGGCGUCCCUCUGUACAGCAGCCCCGGCCCGUCUUACAAAUCGGCCUAUCCGGCACCGUCCACGUACCAAGAACCGUCUUACGAUCCCUACUCGCCUUAUUGAAAUUAUAAUAUCAUCACCCCUCCCACACCCACGCCACGAUUACAAUUGUUACUUGUCAAUGUUACUGUGUUGUAAAUCGUAAUGUUCAUUUCACGUUAAAUACACAUCAUUUCACGUUUGUAUAACAAAAU